AUGGUCCUCCCGAGCCACCCGAACCCCGCAGCGCCGGUCGCCUCCCAUCUCGACCUCGCCGGGAAGACGGCCAUCGUCACGGGUGGCACCCGAGGCAUCGGCCUCGAAGCCGCCCGCGGUCUCGCCGAGGCCGGCGCCAAGGUUGCCAUCACGUACACCAGCACGCCCCCGGAGGAGGCUGAUGCCACGGCCGCUGCUCUGUCCAAGUCUGGCAACGGCGUGUUGGUGAAGGCGUACAAGUGCAAUGUUAAGGUGCGGUCUGAAGUUGAGGCCGUCAUUGAGGCCGCGACGAAAGAGGUCGGCGGCGGAAAGCUGGACAUCGUCGUGGCCAAUGCCGGCAUUGCGGAUCAUAUCCCUGCUAUCGAUUACCCCGAGGACAGAUUCCGGGAGAUGCUGGACGUCAACUUCCACGGUGCAUUUUGGACUGCGCAGGCGGCGGCCAAGGUGUUUGAGAAGCAGCUGAAGGCGGGCAGCGACGGACGUGGAAGCAUCAUCUUCACCGCGUCAGUGUCGGCUAUUUUGGUGAAUGUGCCGCAGAGGCAGGCGGCUUACAACGCCAGCAAGGCUGCGGUGGUGCACCUGGCCAAGUCUUUGUCGGUGGAGUGGGUUGACUUUGCGCGGGUGAACUGCGUAUCUCCUGGCUUUAUUGCGACGGAGAUGCUUUCGGUGCAUCCUGAAGAGUGGAGGAAGCAAUGGUUCUCCAUGAUUCCCGGAGGCCGACUUUGCGAGCCUGCCGAGCUGAAGGGCUCGUAUGUGUACCUCGCCAGCACCGCAAGCAGUUACAUGACAGGUGCCAAUCUGGUGAUUGAUGGUGGAUACACAUUGCCUUAA